AUGGAGACUAGAGAGGGAAUUAGUUCCUCCAUAAUAGAGAAGUUCUCGAGUCUUUUCAAAGCCGAGGAGUUAAGAAGGAGUGAAAGACUUGGAAAAUUUAUCCCGGUUGGUCUUUCUAGGGUGAAGGCCAAGCAUUUAGAAGCUAUUCCUACAGAGUUUGAAAUUUGGAAUGCAAUGAGGAGCAUGCACCCUAUCAAAGCACCCGAACCUGAUGGUAUCCCAGCUUGGAUUGGAGAAAAUGUGAUCUUAGCUAGUGAAAUAGAUCAUUUCAUGAACCAGAAUAGAGGAGUUAGAGGGAUUGUGGGUAUUAAGCUGGAUAUGCAGAAAGCAUAUGAUAGAGUGGAUUGGGUUGUCCUCACCCGAAUCCUGACCCUUUUUGAAUUUCCUGACAAAAGCAUGAAACUUAUUCUUAACUGCAUCCUAACAGCUUCUAUUGGAACUUUUAUUGAAUGGAAGUGUUUUUUGAAAAAUCCCUACGGAAAGGGGGCCUAA